AUGGCGAACAAUGGAGGAAGACAAGCGGGUGGAGGCGGCAAUGGCCAGAUGAAUGAACAUGUGGAGUUCACUGUCAAGGCCGAAGAAGACCUGUACUUGACCGGCAGCGAAAAUACGAUUCGCCGCGUGACAGCGGAGACGAAUUACUCGUGUCUGAUGCUCAAGACGCAGCGCUUUUCCAGUUUGUUUCGUCACUACGCCAAGUACCACGGACUCCGCAAAGACGACCUAGAGUACUACUUUGUCAAUCCUCUCGAAAACGAAGACACGCCCGAGACGGUCCAUUUGCAACGAGGCGACACUAUCAUGGUACGAAAGAGACGCAAACCAGAACCCGCCGAACCUGCGGCGGACGAUGACGAAUUCUUCAAGGACAUGCGAGAAUUGUUUGAAGACGAAGAACACAUGGAUUGCACGUUCAUGGUACACUCGGAAAAUAACAACAACAACAAAAAGAGAAAGGACGAUGCCAUGGACGAAGACGAGACAGACGACACCAAAAAGACGGACAGUAUGGUCGAAAUUAGGGCUCACAAGUGCAUCCUCACGGCGCGGGCCGAGUACUUUAAAGCAUUCUUUCGAAAGGGAUACACCAAUAACAACACCAAUGGGGGAAACAACAACAACACCAAUACCGCAACAACCACGUUCCGAGAGGCAGAAGAAUGUGUCAUUCACGUCGAACCAGACUUUGCACCCUGUCAUAUCCGAUACAUGAUGGAAUUCAUUUACACCAAUCGAAUUCAAUCCAUCAAGGAAAUAUCCACCGAUGAUCUACUCGCAUUGUUGCAUCUAUCCGAUCGUUGGCUCAUUCGAGAUCUCAAGCGACUCGUGGAACAUGAACUCAUUCGCAAUCACAUGACAAUCCAAUCCGUCGCACGCAUGUACGGGGCUACCGAAGAUUUCCACGCCAAUCGAUUGUCGAGGGCGUGCAUUGAUUUCAUCAUGGACAAUCUGCGACAAUUGGCGGGAAAUUCGUCCUUUGAAGAGGAAAUGAAAAAUUAUCCUCACUUGUGCAUUCCCGUUCUCAAGGCUGCGGCAGAAAUGAUCCCCGAAGGACCGUUGCACAAGAAACAACGAACGGAUCAUGGAUCCUCUACUACCGCUGCGGCGACACCGUCUUCUAACGCGGCGGCUGGAUUGGGGUCGUCGCCAGUGCCUGAUUCGGAUCCUUAG